CCCUUACAAAAUAGCUCCAGUCCUUUGACCAAUAGUUAUUUAUUUAAUUCUUCAACUGUCGAAAUCUUUUUAUUUUUUAUUUUUCUUAGUCUGAUUCAGUUCGGUUCCAACUUUUUAUUUUUUUCUUGAGCUGGCCCUGCAACUCUCGGUAUAAACCCAGUUCAGAUUCUCAUUCUUUCACAUCCUCUGCUACAUCCAUGUCGGAAUCAGGAUCCCAUCCAGCUACAGCCUCAACAAAGGCUCUCAACACAAGCUCAUUACCUGUGAAACAAGAGAAACCGCGAUGCUGGGGUUCAUUUGAGUACGAAAAAGAUGGCACAAAGCACAUCAUCCAGUUCACCAAAGAAGGGAAUGACGGCGAGUCUGGUGUAGGAGGAUAUGUCUUUGGCCGUCGACACGACUGCGACUUUGUUAUUCCCGGUAGUCCUUUGGUCAGUGGUCGUCAUUUCCUUAUUUAUAAGGAGAUGGUCCACGAUCCAGCGUUGAAGAGACCUGUCGAACGCGUUUUUUUGAAAGAUUUCAGUUCCAAUGGAACAUUUAUUAAUGGAGUAAAAGUCGGGGUCAAUAGAAGAGUGCAACUCAAACAUAAAGACAAGGUCAAUUAUCUGCAUGAAAUGCGCAAUUCUAAAGAUCGGAGCCGCUUCAUUUUUAUCGAAGGAGAACCAGCAGAUGACCUAACAUUUGAUAGUCAAUAUGAGCGCGGACCUCAAUUAGGCUCAGGAAAUUUCGCAACGGUCUUCAAGGCAACAAACAGAAAAUCAGGAGUUGUCUAUGCUGUCAAGAUCGUUAAAAAGAAUGAGAGUUUCAACGCCAAAGUGGAAGCUAGCUUGGAAAGGGAAAUCGGAAUCCUCAUGAGUAUUGACCAUAAAAAUCUUUUGAGAGUUUGUCAGGUCUUCAACGAGCCAGCCUUUUAUUAUGUAGUGACAGAGCUUGCACCCGAUGGAGAGUUGUUUGAUCAGAUCAUCGAUAAACAAAAGUUCACAGAGAGCGAAACCCGACAUAUAUUCCGGCAGGUUCUCGAGGGGGUGAAAUAUUUGCACGAUCGAGGUGUUGUUCAUCGUGAUCUGAAGCCAGAGAAUAUCCUUGUGAUGGACAAGGAGGCUAUGAUUGUCAAGAUUUCUGAUUUCGGUCUUGCCAAGAUGAUUGGGGAACGGGUUUUCUUCAACACUGUCUGCGGCACUCCCAGCUAUGUGGCCCCUGAAGUCAUCAGAAAUGGGGAGUAUGGCAAGGGAGUCGAUAUGUGGAGCCUGGGUGUAGUUCUCUACAUCUGCUUGUGUGGCUUCCCUCCAUUCAGUGAUGACCUAGCCCCACCAAAGCUAAGGGUUCAAGUCUUACAAAGUAUGUAUACGUUCCCCUCGCCAUACUGGGACGAAGUCAGCGACGAAGCAGUUGAUUUGGUUCAAGGAUUGCUGGCACAAAGUACCGAUGAUAGACUUACUGUGGAUGAGGCGCUCAACCAUGUUUGGAUGACAAUGGAGGAUGAUGCAGGAACAAUGCCAUCAGAAGCGAGGACAGAACCUAUGCCUCAAGUUAACCAACUAUUUUCGCGUGUUAUGACAGAGAGGGCUGAUAGAGCAAUGCAGCGCGGAGUACGGAUUGGCUAUUCGCAGCCUACUCCCUUUAGUCAGAAUAUUCCGGAUUUACCUGAAGAAGAUGAGCAACAAGAACCUGUAGAAUCGCCAGAGCUCAAGCCACAUGAGUAUUUGCAAGAGACAGAUCGCGACUAUAGCAUGCAAUCCAUGGACAAAAACUACAACGGAUCGGGCAUUGGAUUCUUCUCUCAGGAGGGUAUGGUUCGAGACACUGGCAUGGAUACAGAUAGCGAGGGAGAGUGUGAAAAUGGUUCAGAGGAUCUUUCAGUCCAGGAGGGAAGCCGUUUGAAAAAGACCGCAGGCGAUGCCGAAUCGGAUACUGGGACUACCGAUGCUGUUGCGGGCAAUGAUAGUGAUCGAUCAUUCGUGAGCGCCCAGGAGAGCUUUAACGGAAGUCAUAAAGCAAGUCAAAGAGAUUAUAGCAUGAUAGAGGCUAGUAUGAAUAGCGUUCAUGAGAAUGAGCAAACGGUCGACACUAACGCCAAAGCUGAUGCCGACCCAAAUGCAAAUACAAAUGCGCUAAAGCCUUCACGAAGAAUAUCAGCGUCAGAGAACGAUGACCAGUCAAACAAGAGACUAAAGGCCGAUCAACAUGACCCAUAGCCUAUCCGUGUUCCAUUGUAUCAAUCCUAUAAUCACGAGGUAGUUUGUUUGACAUUUCCUAAAAGUUCCGUCAUUCAUCAUCAUGAUAUGAACAUUUAGUUGAUUCAUUGCAAUAAAAACUCGACAGCAUUUG